AUGUGUAAUCCUGUAGAAAAAUUCGCUCCUCGUCUCAAUCUUUUGUCAACAAGUGCGGUGGCCGCUACGACUGCCGAUUAUCCAAUAUCACAGGAUGGUCGUUGCGGUAUCGAUUCUCAGACUAAAUGUGCAAAUGAUAAUUGCUGUUCACAAUAUGGAUAUUGUAAUAUAGAAACAGCCUAUUGUGGGAGUGGAUGUCAAUCUGGAUUCGGAAAAUGUAAUUCGGAUUCAAGUUCAAGCAACGCUAGCAAUUCAAUAACAGUCUCUACUGAUGGAAAAUGCGGGUCGGCUACAAAUACCCAAUGUCCCUCUGGUCAGUGUUGCUCACAAUACGGAUAUUGUAAUACAGGAAGCGCACCAUAUCAUAGGGUUUGCACAGUCACUAAUACAUUCGCUAUAACUUUUGAUGAUGGACCAGCAGGGUAUACAAAUCAAUUACUCGAUGAACUGGAUGAAAAGGGAGUCAAAGCAACAUUCUUUGUAAAUGGCAAUAACUUUGGAUGUAUAUAUAACUAUGCUGACGUUCUAAAGCGCGCAUAUGAUGCCGGUCACCAAAUCGCCUCACACACAUGGUCACAUGCUCGCAUGCCCGCACUAUCAAGAGAAGAAAUCGUCUACCAAAUAACAAAAUUAGAAGUCGCUCUUCGUAAAAUAAUCGGAGUUGUACCACGUUACUUCCGACUUCCAUACGGCGACGGUGUCGACUCAGAUUUAAUUAUGAGCAUACUGCAAGAGUAUGGGUACAUUGUCAUUGGUUGGGAGAUUGAUACACGAGACACAGCAGGCGCAUCGGUUGACACUUCUAAACAAGAAUACCAGAAUAACAAUAAUCCUCCGAACCCUCAUAUUGCUAUUCAACACGACCCCGUAGAGACGACAGUGAAAGGCCUUGUUCCGUGGGCUUUGGAUUAUGUGAUUAGUAACGGGUAUAAGGUAGUACCGGUUGGAACUUGUCUUGGAGAUGAGAGUGGUUGGUAUAAAGAGAGUGGAUCACCAAGUGCUCAGGAUUCUACUUGGUCAUGUUCUGAAGACGAUAAACAUAAAUCUGCUGGCGGAUUUUAG